GCUGACAGUUUGACAGCUGCCGGUGUAAAAUCAAAACAUUGUAUAAUCGUGUGUGCUUUUCGCAGCGGAGGGAUUUGUUGAUGGUCGCUAAAAAAUGUUCCAUCACAGGCAUUUAAAUGGAGUUGCGUCACUGGCGCGCAGUUUCAGCCGCAUCGCACUCAGAGAACCAACAUCAGCUGCGGUGUUUCCGGUGCUCGCAGUGAAAACCCCAACCCUAAGCAGGCCACAAAUACCCCUCAAAGCACACGAAUCCUCAAUACUGCUUCCGGUACGUCCACUAGAGCUUCGUUCCUCGGUUGGAAAUGUGGAGAUUGGCAAUAGCAUCCGGCGGAAUCCACUGAUCCCGCUGAAAGAAAUCAUCGACAUUCCGGCCGUAUCACGCAUUAUCGAAAAUCCGGUACAACCGCCCACCGGGCCGAUCGGUGAUAACCUCACACUGAUACCGUCGCUCGACCUUCCGACCGAUACCGGGUCGAAGGAUGAGCACGGUAAACAGGCGGCCCGGCUCAUCGUCAUCCGGAGGCGCAAAAUGCGCAAGCACAAGCUGAAGAAGCUUCGCAAGCGCAUGAAGUUUGAGUGGUUAAAGGUCCGACAAAGGCGCGAGCUGAAGAAGGAAAAGCUCUUCCAGGCGGAACUGUUGGGACAGAUCAAGGAGGCGGAAAAGUUUUCCGCGGAAGCGUACGUGGCGAGCAAGCUGCGACAGGCCACCGACGUGCCGCUGCCACGCUUCUGGAAGGGCAAACGGUUGCCCGAGUUUAUUAUUAAGCAAAAGUUAGGCAUGGAGUAGUAAUUCGCUGGUGUGUGUGUGUGUGCCCGCCGUUCAGUGAAUAAAGUAUUUGAUUUGUGGCUAAA